AUGUUAGCUCCAAGCGCACAAAGUUCGUUUUCUAUAGAUUCAGUCUUAUCUUUGCUAACCCAACAGUCCUCAGGAUUGCUCCAAAGUAGCAAUUCGAACUUAUCUGACUUCGAAAAGCUAGUGGGCGAAAUCCAAAAUAGUAUUUCUUUGCUCCAAAAGGCAAACGAAAAUAUUAUGAAACUUGAAGAUCACAGCGAAGAUGCAGGAAGGCUUCAGAAUGAAGCCUAUUCAAAAAUCCUUAAAAUUUCUAAUGAAAUAGGCGCUUUAAGGAUAGAAAAAAGCAGACACAUUAAGCUCAAAAAUCGCCUCGACAGUCUAGUAUACAAGUAUUCAGUAGUUCCAAGAUGUUUACACGUAAGGAAGGACAUAAAAAAAAUUCAGAAAAAGCUUAAGGGCUUAGGAGAAAAAUUUUUUUAA